AUGAGCCAUCGAUCGGACGAUCGCUCGUACCGGGAGAGUGCUCACCGAAGUCGUGUUUCCCGAUCACGAAGCCCUCCACCGUCCUCCAGCAGAUCGAACGAUCAGCAACAAGCGGAUGGACCGACGAAUUUGGUUAACUUUUCCUUCCUUAAUCACCGCUCCGAGUUGAACCGCGUGCUGCGAGGUUACUCUGCACGCGAUCAGCUCGUGGACAAUGUGAACGAUUUUUGGCUGUUUGUGAACAAGUACGAAGCGCUACUAAAACGCACUGGCCAACCGAUCCUGCCUGAUCCCGCACGAAUAAAACAACCAUGCGCCGGACAAAUUCCGGCCGAAUACAGUAAAGCCCUCGGAUGCUCCGUUCGGUUAAGAGUUCCCGUCGAGGAACUACAGUGUCGCCUGGGUGCUAGCACAGUGACACGCACCAAGCUGCUCCAGUGGGUACAGAUCAUCGAACACUAUCUGGACUUUCGUCAGCGCGAAAAAUUUACCAAACUACGCAAACUGCGCCAGGCUCAGGCCAAUCUUCCGGUGGCCAAGCAUCGGGAAGAAAUCGUUGAAGCAAUCCGGAACGAGCGCGUGGUGGUGCUAGCGGGUGAUACGGGUUGCGGUAAAUCGACCCAGGUCCCCCAGUACCUGUACCGGGCCGGUUAUGCACGGAUUGCUUGUACACAACCGCGGCGGAUCGCUUGCAUCUCGCUAUCGAAACGUGUGGCCCACGAGCUGCUGGCCGAGUACCGGACCGAGGUGGGGUAUCAGAUACGUUUCGAGCGAAGCAAAAACAUGCACACCAAAAUUGUGUUCAUCACAGAGGGACUUUUGCUGCGACAGCUCGCCACCGAAGACAGUCUGGAGCAGUACUCGGUCAUCAUACUUGACGAAGUGCACGAGCGCCACCUGCACGGGGAUUUUCUGCUCGGCAUAGCCAAGUGUCUCAUCCGAGCACGGCCCGAGUUGAAGCUGGUGCUAAUGUCAGCCACGAUCAACAUCAAACUAUUUGCCGAUUACUUCUCUGCGGAAGAGGCACGCGUCAUCGAGGUGCCCGGAAGGCUGUUCCCGAUCAAACUACACUACAUGCCUCAACUGCAGGACACACCGGUAGCGGGAGGAUCGGCGGGUGGUCGGAACCAGCGUAGCAAAACCGAUCGCCUUAACCCGGAACCGUACAUACAGAUUCUCCAGCUAAUCGAUCAAAAGUACCCACCGUCGGAGAAGGGCGAUCUACUGAUCUUCCUCAGUGGGCUCAAUGAGAUCACUUCCAUCGUGGACGCAGCGAAGGAGUACAGCGAGAAGCAACAGAACUGGAUCAUUCUACCGCUCCACAGUACAAUGUCGAUCGCGGAACAGGACAAAGUGUUCGAUUACGCACCGGACGGUAUGCGGAAAUGCAUCGUGUCGACAAACAUUGCCGAAACAUCGGUCACGAUCGACGGCAUACGGUUCGUGGUGGACAGUGGGAAGGUGAAGGAGAUGAGUUACGAUCCCACCACAAAGAUGCAACGGUUGAAAGAGUUCUGGAUCUCGCGGGCAUCUGCCGAACAACGGAAAGGCCGUGCCGGACGAACGGGGCCCGGAGUUUGCUUUCGUCUUUACGCCGAGAAACAAUUCUGCGAUUUCGAGGCCUACAGCACGGCGGAGAUUCUAAAGGUGCCGCUAGAAUCGCUACUCCUGCAGAUGAUCUCGAUGGGGCUGCCGAAUGCUCGGCUGUUCCCGUUCAUCGAGCCCCCACCGAUGGACAACGUAGAAAAUGCUAUCGUCGGGCUAAAAGAGGCAGAAGCCCUGACGGAGGACGAAAAGCUGACUCCGCUCGGAAAAGCGCUGGCAAAGAUUCCGGUCGAUAUCAGCAUCGGGAAGAUGCUUCUGAUGGGAUGCGUGUUUCAACAGCUACAACCGGUCCUCACGCUGGCCGCUGCCCUGAGUGUACAAUCUCCGUUCACCAAUCGCGCCUAUCGUGAUUCGGAAUGUGAGCGAGCACGCAAGUCCCUUGAGUCUGAUCACGGUGACCCAAUAACGCUACUGAACGCGUACAAGGAGUGGCUGGAGUUGAAGCAAAACCGAUCGGAGUACGGCCGCCAGGAUGACGAUGAUCGGCGGGGUGAGAGUUCAAAAACCUGGUGUCGCCGGCGUGGACUGGAAGAGCAGAGGUUCUACGAAAUUACGAAGCUGCGCAACCAGUUCCAAGACCUUCUGCAGGACUGCGGUCUGAUGGAGGUGCAGAGCAACGAGAACCUUUCGAGCGCGGAACGAGCCAUUCGCAAUGGCGAGCUGCGGCAGCUGAAGGAGUUACGAAAAGCACACCGAAUGGAGGCACCGAGAAAGCGGAAACUUCUCAAAUCUCAAGACCCCUGGUCGAUGGGAGCGGAAGAUGACGGCGAAGCAGACGGCCGGGUUGACAUACGGGAUGUAGAGUUCCGUUUGAGUCACGAUGCAUCCAAACUGCAGAACCUCGUGUCGGGCGCGACAGCGUGCAGCUAUCGCGAUCUGAUGACACUGAAGCUGAUCCUGGUCAGUGGUCUCUACCCUCAGGUGGCCAUAGCGGAUGAGUUCAACUACUGCAAGAGUUUGUCGGAACAAUUUUUUCACACCCGUUCGAAACCAUACGUAUCGCUGCAUCCUAUGAGCUUCUUUGGCAACAACGCACAGGUCCUCCAGCUGACGGAGGCCGAAAUCGAGGAGAAGCCGGUUCUGUACAAGUCACGCCAACCGCUCAGUUCACACCACCAGAUCGUGUGCUAUCUGACCUUGCUUGAGACGAACAAGUCCUAUCUUACCAACACCCUACGAAUGCCGGCUGCCCAAACAUUGCUGCUGUUUGCGCAUACCAUCGAAACGAAUGCUACUUUCUCGCGGAUCGUUUGCGAUGCGUGGCUCUGCUUAGACUUUCUGACCCCCGAGAGUGGCCAAGCACUACUUUGGAAAGCAACCAAGCUGAGACGCCUCUGGAACCAGUUGCUGGUGGAAAAGCUAAAAGCACUCACCAUAACGGCGGACGGAGAGCUAAGCGGGCCCGAGCGCAAGAUAUCGAUCGAGCAAAUGAACCGAGAGCUUUGGUCCAGCCUGGCACAGUUCAUGAACAUAGAGGUGUGCUACACGAUCAAAAAGUUGCUACCGGCCGAUCUUAAAGCGAUCUACAAAGGCCCCCAUGUGGAGGAAGACGAGCCGAAGGAAGAGCUACCGUCACCGAAUCCGUUCGCGGAAGACUUUCAUCCGAUUCACAAUAACCAGAAAGGCGGCGUGUAUCUAUCGGAACACAUUACCUACGGAUGUAUUGUUGAAACCGACUGGAGUUUGCAGAUGUACAGUGAAAUUUUAGAGCAAGAUUGGGAGUGUAGCAACUGCAAAGGGACCUAUCGUUUGACCGGUUUGCAGAAACUACAACACGCAGAAGUCUGCAAACCAACGGAAGUCAAACAGGAAGAGGACGGCCCGUACGAAGGCGGUGCGCCCGAGAGACAGAACCUCAAGCGAUACGAUUGUGCCAGCUGUGGCCGUCGGUUGAUGCUGAGAGCGAUCGAUGUGCUAAAGCAUAAGAAGAGCUGCCAGCGCAGCGCCACACAGGUGAAGCAAGAACCUCUUGAAACCGCACCGUAG